AUGUGCCAAAAAAGACGCAAAGGUGUAUACAGAAAAUGUUUGUUGGGUCCCGGUUCGAACAAGGCUGACAAGUUCCCUGGUCUCUUGUCUCAUCAACAAUACAUGACGACCAAGAUCGAAGAAGUCAAAUCGACCAUUAAGUUCCAAAUGAAGAAAGUCUUGUGCUUGUCUGUUGCCGUUGGUCAUGGCAACAUGGAACCCGAUGAGAUGGUCCAAAACACCCAUUUGUCCAUCAAUUUCUUGGUUUCUUUGUUGAAGAAGAACUGGCCAAACGUUCGUUCUUUGAACAUCAAGUCAUCCAUGGGUCCCCCACAACGUUUGUACUAA